AAGAGAUACUGAACAGAGUGCAUUGACAUGAUAUUGCAGCUGGAAAAGACGCGCCUUGUCCCUCAUUUUAUAUUGGAAUCAUAAAGAUGCAUGUAAUUUUUGGUGAACUCAUUCAAUGUAUUGUAUUAGGAACAAACAACUAGUUUGUUACUUACACAGCUUGUGACUGUGUGAAACACAGAGAGAGAGAGAGAGAGAGAGAUCUUCAGAUUUAACUCUUCUGGGUUCACUUCUUACAGAGUGACAAGUUCCAGUCUGAGUUUCCUAGAUUCCUGACAGGGGUUUAAGGUUGUGGGCACUUCAUGUUUGGAAAAAAGUUGUGGCCUUUACUCCCAUUGGAGAAUGUCUGAAUCUGCUGGGCACUGUCGUUAAAGUAGAAUCAAGGAAAAUAUUGGGAUUUAAAGGAGCUGGUAAAGUGUCUUGGGAAUGUGAGCAUGAUUUGCAAAUGAGGUUGGUCUGAAUAGUUCAGAAGAGUUCUCAGAAAGGAAAAGAAAGAGCCUUGUUUUUUGUUUUCUUUUUUCUUUUCUAUUUUCUCCGGAGAAAGUGAGAGAAACAAGGUCAAGGAAAUUUCUUUUCACCAUCUUUGUCACAGUGGAAACAACUUUCUUUUUUUUCUUUUUUCUGGAAGAGUCUUUGAUGGUUAUGGAAGAUUUUGACAUGCAGUGAGGAGCAAGCCACCGGGUUCUUUUGGGGGCUUUGCCAAAGUUUACUUUGUUAGCAAGUGGUAUGUAUUUGUGUCUUAUGCUCAAACCACUGGAGUCAAUGAAAAAGAGAUUGGAAAUUAGAGCUUCCAUUUGGGUCCUAUUCUUAUUCCUUUGAUCUGUUAUAUCUUUGUAUUUGGAUGUAAAUUAGUAGUCAAGAUCACUACUUUCUCUUGUCUGUUGAAGAAAGAUACUGCCAUUAGAAUUUCUACUUGGGAUUCCGUGUUACCCCAUUGAUUUAUAGGCUGAUUAAGGGGUGCACUAUGAGUUCUGAUUGUAUAAUUUUCCAAGGAGAUUUUUUAUGAGACUAUGUCUUAAGUCCAUUGAAGAAGUUGGUCUGUGACUUUAUUAGGCAUAGCCAUAGCCAUAUUCAAGGUUUGGUCUGUGAUUUGGGUAUUUCAAAAUGGACAAUAAUGAACAGGAAACAAGGUCAUUGGCACUGACUCCUACAUGGUCAGUUGCUACUGUGUUGACUGUCUUUGUUGCUGUCUCUCUGCUUGUGGAGCGCUCCAUUCAUCGUUUAAGCAAUUGGCUGCGGAAAACUAACCGAAAACCUUUGCUUGCAGCUUUAGAGAAGAUGAAGGAAGAAUUGAUGCUACUCGGGUUUAUAUCACUCUUAUUAACAGCUACCUCACGCAUGAUAGCAAAUAUUUGCAUUCCAUCAAAGUUCUACAACAGUGCUUUUGCUCCAUGCACUAGAUCCCAGAUUGAUGAACAAAUGGAAGAGAAUGGCUCUGAAAAGCGUAAACUAUUGAUGGCUUCUGCUUAUCAUGUAUCUGGGAGGAUGUUGAAUGGAAUAAAUAGAAGCACUUGCAAAGAGGGUUAUGAACCAUUUGUUUCGUAUGAAGGUCUAGAGCAGCUGCACAGAUUCAUUUUUGUCAUGGCAGUAACUCAUAUAUCUUACAGUUGCCUAACUAUGUUGUUGGCCAUUGUGAAGAUUCACAGUUGGAGAGUGUGGGAAGACGAGGCUCACAUGGAUCGGCGUGAUUCAUUAUCUGAAAUUACAAGAGAGUUGACUAUGAGAAGGCAAUCAACCUUUGUCAAGUCUCAUGUAUCAAAUCCAUUGUUCAAAAACAGUUCCCUUAUUUGGGUGACAUGUUUUUUUCGACAAUUUGCACAUUCUGUGGUUCGUGCUGAUUAUCUUACACUUCGCAAAGGCUUCAUCAUGAAUCACCACCUUUCAUUAAAGUAUGAUUUCCACAGCUACAUGGUUCGGUCUAUGGAAGAGGAAUUCCAAAGGAUAGUUGGUGUGAGUGGCCCGCUCUGGGGAUUUGUUGUUGGUUUCAUGCUUUUCAACAUUAAAGGAUCUAACCUAUAUUUCUGGAUAGCUAUCAUUCCUGUAUCUCUUGUGCUUUUGGUGGGAACAAAGCUACAGCAUGUCAUUGCAACCUUGGCAUUGGAGAAUGCUGGAAUUGCAGGGUUCUUCCCAGAAGCAAAGUUGAGGCCUCGUGAUGAACUCUUUUGGUUUAAUAAGCCUGAGCUAUUGUUGUCCUUGAUCCAUUUCAUUCUCUUCCAGAAUGCAUUUGAGCUGGCUUCAUUCUUUUGGUUCUGGUGGCAGUUCGGAUAUGAUUCUUGCUUUAUUAGGAAUCACCUUCUCCUGUAUUUAAGGCUAAUAUUGGGCUUUGCAGGACAGUUUCUUUGUAGCUACAGCACCUUGCCACUAUAUGCACUUGUUACACAGAUGGGAACAAACUACAAGGCAGCAUUAAUCCCACAGAGGAUUAGAGAAACAAUUCAUGGAUGGGGUAAGGCAGCUAGGAGGAAGAGAAAACAUGGUAUGUUCCCUGAUGAUUCCACCAUUCAUACAGACACAAGCACUGUGUUGUCUAUUGAAGAAGAUGAUCAAUUAAUUGAUGUCCCUGAAGUAGAAUUACAACCAGUCACAGCUGUUACAUCUACCCCUUCUCCCAUUGUCAACGAAACGUCAAGUAGGGCUGCUACACCCCUCCUAAGACCCUCUGCCUCAAUAUCUUCAGCUCAUAGCAGUUCUAAAGCUGAAGUAAUUUUAAGAUGCUCCUCUAUGCCAAGUGGGAGAUAA